CUGUAGGAUAGUUAACGACCAAACCGGAACAACAACGCCAAUAGGGACGCGACCGUUAAUCGAACACGAACAGUAGUCAACAGAUUGUGUGCGUUGAGCAUCGUCCGUUUAAAUUUGGCCCGUUUUAAUUGUUAGUUCAAUAUGGAGUAUAAAAAAUUUUUCAAAAACACCUCUAUGAAACGGGGCGAGCAAGUGAAGGUGGAAGUGACCAGGCAUAACCAAAUGCAGCGUGCCAAAUCCCGCCAUGCAAUGCGACAAACGUUCCGCAAUAUGGAAUGCGAAUCGGAUGAAGAGAACGAUGCACCUCCGGCGGAAUCGAGUAACGAUAUGUUCAGACAGCAGCAACUAUAUCAGCAUAUGACCACCAACAACAAAAAUCUCUCGGAAGAGGAGCGCUACCGCAUCCGGUUGCUACGUUUGCAACAGUUUCAUGAACAGAAGCGACGAAAGCAGCAGGAACAGCGAUCCAAACAGAAAGUACCGUUCAUGCCGUUCGGUUGCAAAAAUAUAGUUGAACAGAGGCAAAUUUCACCAUUGCCAAACAGUACGCGUAAACAGGUGGUUCCACUCGGCGAAAGGCUCGAGCAAGCGAUCGCUGUUGGUGGCAGCAAAACGCCUCUUCUGAAGAAGAAGUAUGUAAAACCACGAGUAGACUGUUGGCGUGUGGAAAAGGUACCCAGUAGAAAGGCGGAAGAUGUACCACCUCGUGAACCUUUAUCGGAGAAGAAAAUUGUACACAUCAAGUCGGUUGAGCGUCCGGUAAUAGUGAAACCGGCACUCAAGCGAUCGAAGCAAACGCAGCAACCCGUUGUGGUGACAAACCUACGACAUGCUUUGCCUCGUUCACAGACCACCCAGCCCGGAGGACGACCGUUGUCACAGAAGAAGCAACAAUUUACAUUUAGAUUAAAACCACCGUCACCAUCCGAUACUGACAGCUCCACCAAGAUUGUAACGUCGACCGUACGAAAGCAGCGGAAACCGUUAACGUUUUCGUUCGAACCAUCCGCACAGAUUAAACAACAAAAGGCAACACUAAAGCUCAAUACAGCGGACGAUCUGUUCGAUGGUAUAAGUCCGAUCGAGGUAGAAUCAUCUCCAUUGAAAAAAUCACCCGCAAAGGUAACUGGAGUACGACAUUCGUCAACCACCACCAUUGCCAGCAGCGUUCCCGCUAUCGCGAAACCAGAAGAUUCUCUUUGGGAACCGCAACUCGUGGCCUGUUUGUCGAUUAACGAUGCAACCGCACACGAGAAUGGCAAUACAAUUGUGAUCGAUUCACCCGACACUGUCGAUGGCACAGUUGUUCCAUUACGGCGUGAUUGUUCCGUUAGCGAUUGGGUACCAGCUCCCGUACAUGAAAUUACGAGCGAUACGAUUGUAAUCGACGAAGACGACGAGAAUGAUGAAGUGUUUGAAAAAGCGACGGAUCAUAUCCCGGCCGUCCCGGUACAGGAACCUCUCGGUACCGGGAAGCCAACAAUGAAUGAACUUUUGACCAUAAGCGUUGGGACUAUGGUGCCACAAAAUGAUGUUCCCACGAUUGAACCAAUGACUAUCGUUGAGCUAUCGUCGGAACAAACGGUACAAAUAGAUGACGGUGUCCCAUCUGAACCGCCGGUAGUUCCUUGGAAGGAGCAAUCUAUCGACAGCGAAUGCAACAGCUCGCCAAAGGAUAAUGAACUGAACGGGUCAGCAGUACGGAAGCGUGCAUCAUUAAUUUUCAGAGAAGAACCGAUCGAGAGCGUCAUUGUUCCAAGCCGGUCCAACUUAACGCUUGAGGAAAAGCAGCGGGAAUCAGUUGGAAAUGCAAAAAAUACUUCCACCAGCGGAACGUCCCGACGUCGCAGCUCGGCAUGUCUCAGUGAUCCCGCACUAUCGCCCAACGAACCGGAAGAUACCACACCACCGAAAGAUGUCCAGGAAAAGACACAAUUCUACUAUGGCAAGGUUGACGGGGAGGUGAACCGCCUGCAAGCGCUGUGUGACCAGUAUGCACCGUUCCUCGAGACGGAGCAGGAGCUGAACGAUCACUGCCGGGGAUUAAUUAUGGCCGCACAAGGGCAAACCAACAUACUGAUCAAGAAGAAACUAUCGAAAUUCCGCGAGCUGAUUGGACACUACGAAAAUAAGUGGAACGACCGCAAGGUACGUAAUGACGAUUUGGAUGGUUUUUGGGUAAUGCUAGCGCUGGAUCUGGACAAUCUGUACAAACGGUUCGAGGAGCUACGCUUGCUGAGAGAAAACAACUGGCAGGAGGUGGUAGUCCCGGAACCGGCGCCCAAAGUAAAGAAGCUACAGGGCGGUGGUGGAGUACGAAAGCGUGAGAAAAAACCAACCGCAGCAGCGAAUGCGAAAAAAGGUUCCUCUUCCGUUAUUGCCGAUCUGAUACGCAAGGCUAGACAGGAGAGGCAAAAACAAAAGACCACGCAUGAGGUUUUGGACGACGUGCUAAAGGAAACGGUGACAGUUGUGACGACACCGGUCAAACGAUCGGUACGCUUUGGUGAGUCUCCACGGCGCACCAGCAGUUUGAAGAAGCGUUCGAGUCUGUGUACCGGUGGCACACCGACCACAGUCUGUUGGGAUCAGGAACCGAAAGCAGAUCGUUCCAAGCGUCAUACCAUUUUCUCUGAUAUUGCACAGAGCAAAUUGGAUCUGGUCAAAUCGAUAUUGAAACCGUCGGUGAAAGCAUAUCGUACCAGACGCGCCAAAAGUGUGCUUUUCUUGGACUCUGGACUCGAUACACCACCAAACCGGCGGCGACAAUCGUCCCGAUCGGUCGUCGAUACACCGAAACCGAAGAUCAAAUUUAACGAUCAGCUCGAAAUUGAGCAUAUCGACAAUCUGGCCGCGCGGACACCUUCACGGCUCGAUAUGGAGAUACAGAAACGGCGUCAACAAUCGCUGCUGGAGUCUGCUUCACUGCAGCUUACAUCCAGCGAGGAUAAUGCCGAUGACGAUGAGCCGAAGAAGAAAGCACGCAAACCACGGGGAACUCCGCAUCACAAUAGCAGUGCGGUGCGACGGUCCAAUCGACGAUCGGCGCGUAGUUUUACCCUCCUCGAUGAGGAAUCGAGCAAUAAUAAUGACUCCACUGCUGAAGAGGAUAAGCAAGGUACCGGUAAACGAACGACACGUUCAUCAAGGAGUGCUCGCAAGAAGAUUCUGGAUUAUUAAGUUUUAAAUUAACUUGUCAUUGUACUUUUAACAUUAGCUUUGUAAUUUGUUGAUAUACCUAUGGUGUUUUGUAGCAUUAGAUGAAGGACAAAUAAAAUAUUAACUUUUCUUUGCGACUCGCUCGCUCCUUCGA